AUGUUCAUCGCGUUCCGCGAGGAGUUCUCCGGUGGAUGGAAUCUCUGGCUCGGGGACGAAGAAGUAACAUCAUUGACGCCGGAGUUGAAGCAAGAAUUGCCGGCCAUGACGUUUGACGAAAAGGCAGAGAUGUUUUUUUCGCUUGUGUGGUCGAACAAAACCCGAGACUCGAGCGCUCGAGAUAUCACCCAAAUACUGGAUGGCGUUGACGUUUUUGUCGAGCGUGUAACCGGCUUAAGUUUGUAUGACAACAAACUGGCUCAGGGCAGCACAUCUCGUAUCCAAACGGUCACCAAAGUAGACGACCCCGAACCUGAAAUCGAGAGCUCUACUUUGAAAGCGCCUGGUUGUGGAAGUAUAAUCACCGAUUAUAGUCCUUCCAAGUUUGGUGACCUUGAUUGCGAAUCCAAGAACGCAGUCUUUACCUCGUCCGCUCACAAAAGCCAGACCAUUGUCGAGAAACAUGCCGACGCAGGAUCCAUCUCCUCAAUUCAACAAAAGUGA